AUGAAAAGACGCCUAGUUUUGAUCUAUUAUUUAAAUUUUUUACACAUAAUAACAAUAAUUAUUGCCCUUUAUGGCAUUAAUUCAUAUAGCAGCUCAAGCAAAUUUAAACUUAAAUUUGAAAAGUAUAAAGAAAUACAAUUAAUAAGAAAUUUAGCGGAAGUAUUUGAUUUUAAAGAUGAUGAUAUCUUAAAUGAUUCAGGCCUUACAAUAAAAGAGGUACAAUUGUUAUAUAACAUUAGAGAAACAGAAGAUGAAAAUACAGUAUUUGAGGGAUAUUUUGGUGAUUCAAGAGCUUUAUUUAUAAAAUUAGUAGAUUUAGUAUUUUUAGGAAAUUUAAAUGAAAAAUUGGAACAAGAGAAAAAGAAUGUGAGUUCUAUAUAUUUUACAAUGCAGAUUAUGAAACGGAAAACAACAGAUUAUUUGGAAAAUUUGCUUGGUGAUAUAAAUAAUCAUAUUAAUUAUGUAUUUAAAGAUCUUGAACUUUAUGAACAUGAAUUAUGUUCAUUUACAGACGUCAAUGUCGAUAUAUACACGAGGGCAGAUAACGAACGUAUAUCAAUUAAUCAACGUAGUGCAAAUGAAUAUUUCAAACAAGCAAAUUUUAGUAAAAUUCAUUUAAGGCUUGAAAAUUCCUUUUCCUUUUUUAAUAAAUUAUAUGAAAAGAAUAAUAAAUUUUUGUCCAAAAUUAAUAAUCAUUUGUAUCAUCAUGGCACUUAUACAGCUAAUUAUAUAGGUAAACAUACAAAAAGGUUUCCUUUGAAAUAUGCACAUGCAAGUAAUUUAAAUAUGUUAGAUUUUGUUGACGAAUUGAAAAAUAUUUUAGAUGAAUUUAAUACAGCCAUAUUUGGCAAAAAUAAAAAAGGAGGUAAUGUAUCUGCUCUCAGAAUAAGUAUUAGAAACAUGGAUUUGGAAAUUAAUAAUAUGCAUAGAAGAUUAGAUGACAUUAUAGCAAUAAAAACUAAUAAGUUAUUUGUAAGACUAAAUAAGAUACUAAAUGGUGAUAUAAAAUGCUUGAUAGCCUUUAUUUUAAGCAUAUUUGAACAAGAUAAAUCUAUAAAUAAGUUUACAUUGGAUAAAUUGAAAGAUAAACAUAGAAUAGAAGUAUUUCAGGAUCAAUUUUUAUUUCGUAUAUAUGAAUUACUUUUACAAGAAAAAGGAGAAAUAAAAAAAUCCUUAAAUGAAUUUAAAACAUAUAUAAAAGCAAUUUUUGGUUUUGAUGUGAACAGUUCAGGUAUUAGAUCAUUAGUACAAAAGCUUUAUGAUUCAAUGGAUAAAUAUGAAUUUUUACAAUUAUUUCAAGUUAUUGUACACUUAUUAGGGUGCAAGAGACAAUUAAAUGAUUAUUCAAAUUUUAUGAAGUUACUUAAAAAUGAAUCGAUAAGCAGUUUAAGUAUAAAAUUUGAAAAUCUCUUUAGAAGAAAUAAAGUUUUAUAUAUUCCAGAAAAUAAAUCUGAAAAUUUAAUAUUAAAAUUUUUGGAUAUGUAUGAGAACAGCAUUUUUUUUUGUGGACUCAAGGAUAGCAAUUCAAAGUUAAUUGAAAAGUCAGUAUACUUGAAUCGUUGUUUAAGGAAAUUUAGAACCCUUAAUUCUUUAAUAAGUUUUUUAAUUAAAGAAUUGGAUAAAUCAAAAAAAUGUUAUUCUUAUUCUGAAAAUAAAUUAAUAAACAAAAAUGCCAUUAUAUUUUUUCUGUAUAAAAUUAAUAAUUUCAAUGAAAGCGGUAUAAGUCAUCUUAUUUGGUGA